AUGGAAGGGAGAUAUCCGAAGCACUUUCUGGUUUUCUUGUUCGUCUCCUCGUUGGCUAUAGUUGAGCAAAUCGAGGCUGUACCGCUUUCCAAAUGGCAAAUCCACGUUAGGAAUGAGCUGAGCAACACUCAAAUGCUCUUUGUACAUUGCAAAUCAAAAAACGACGAUCUAGGUGAACACAACCUCAGCGUUGGGACUGAAUUUAACUGGCGUUUCAGGGUAAAUAUUUGGGACACAACACUAUAUUGGUGCUACUUACAGAAGCCAAAUGGACAAUCUGUGUCGUUUGACGCAUUUUGGGUUGAGAAGGAUUCCAUUUGGCUCUACUACAAAUGUUUAGAGUCUAACUGCACUUGGAAGGCCAAAGAUGAUGGAAUUUACCUGAGAAACAACCCGGAUGGAAGAGAUGUUUUCGUUCAUAAGUGGCCAUAA